AUGAAUGAAUAUUUAGGGAAUUAGAAACUUACAUAAAUUUGGAGCAUUUCUUUUCUGUAUGAGACUGUCCUAUGUGUUGUAGGUAACUACUGUCCCUUCUCCCUUCACCAGAUACCAGCACCAUACCAGCAACUUUGACAGCCCAAAAUUCUUGCACAGAUGUGCAAAAUGUUCCAGGGGGCAGGUGUCACCCAUGCUGAGCACCACUGUAAAGUGAUGAAAUCAGUUUCCUUCAAGGAUCUGACUGUUGACUUCACCCAUGAGGAGUGGCAACACUUGGGCCCUGCUCAGAGGCUCCUGUACAGGGAUGUGAUGCUGGAGAACUACAGCAACCUCAUCUCAGUUGGGUUUCAUGUUAGCAAACCAGAUGUGAUCUUCAAAUUGGAGCAAGGAGAAGAACCAUGGAUAGUGGAAGGUCAGAGCUACACAGAAGAUGAUGAUGCCUUAGAGAAAGACAAAGAAAUCCAAGACGAACAUUUGAAGCAAAUUAAGUUCUGCAACAAGAAAACAUUGAUUACUGAAAGAGCUAGUGUAUUUGGAAAAACAUUUACUAUGGACAUGAAUAUUGUUCCCUCAAGAAAAAUACUUCAUAAAUGUGAUCCAGGUGGAAACAGUUUGAAAACUAAUUCAGAAAUAAUUGUUGUAAAGGAAAGAAAAGAAAAUACAAAGGUUCCUGAUGAACACAUUGGAUGUGGGAAGCCACUACUCCAUACUAAGCACAAGAAAAGUCAUUCUGGAAUGGAAAAGCACAAAUAUAAUCAAGUUAGGGAAGCCAAAGAUCAAGGUGAAGAUCUUAUUCUGCACCAGGACACUCAGACUUCAAAACAGCCUUUCGACCAAAACAAGGGUGGAAAGCCCUUCCUCCAGAGACCAGUCCUCUCUGCACAGAAGAGGAGUCAUGUUGAAAGGAAAUCAAAUGAAUGUGAGGAGUGUAGGAGAACAUUUUCUAAGAGAUCCACCCUCAUUGUACAUCAGAGAAUCCAUACAGGGGAGAAACCCUAUGUUUGUAAUGAUUGUAGAAAAACUUUCCGUGUGAAGACAAGCCUUACUCGACACCAAAGAAUUCAUACUGGUGAAAGGCCCUACAAAUGCAGUGAAUGUGGGAAAACCUUCAUUGACAAAUCUGCCCUGAUUGUGCAUCAGAAAAUUCACGGAGGGGAGAAGUCCUAUGAGUGUAAUGAAUGUGGAAAGACCUUCUUUCGGAAGUCAGCCCUUGCUGAACAUUUCAGGUCACACACAGGGGAGAAACCUUACGAAUGUAAGGAAUGUGGGGAUGCCUUUGGCAAGAAAUCUUACCUCAUUUUACAUCAAAGAGCUCACAGGGGAGAGAAGCCAAAUGAAUGUAAGGAAUGUGGGAAAACCUUCUUCUGUCAGUCUGCUCUGAUUGCACAUCAGAGAAUUCACACAGGGGAAAAGCCCUAUGAGUGCAGUGAAUGUGAGAAAACUUUCUUUUGUCAGUCAGCCCUCAAUGUGCAUCGAAGAAGUCACACAGGAGAGAAACCCUAUGAGUGCAGUCAGUGUGGAAAGUUUUUAUGUACUAAGUCAGCCCUUAUUGAGCAUCAGAUAAUUCAUAGAGGAAAGAAGUCUUAUGAAUGUAAUGAAUGUGGGAAGUUUUUCUAUCAUAAGUCAACACUCUCUGUACAUCAGAGCACUCACAUAGGAGAGAAGCUCGAUGUGUUUAAUGAAUGUGGUAGAACAUCCACUGUGACAUCAAACUGCAGUGAACAUAAGAGAAUGAACGCAAAAGAGAAUCUGUAUGAAUGUCGUGAACAUGGGCACUCAGUCAACAAAAGCUCACACCUCUUUGUACAUCAGAGGACUAUAUGGGAGAAACCUUACGAAUGUAGUAAGUGUGGGAGGACCUACUGCAGGAAGUCGGCGCUCACAUACCAUCAGAGAACACACACAGGAGAGAGACCCUAUGAGUGCACCCAGUGUGGGAAAACCUUCUGCCAGAAGUUCUCUUUUAUGGAACAUCAGCGAACUCACACUGGGGAAAAACCUUAUGAAUGUAACGAAUGUGGGAAAUCCUUCCGCCAUAAGUCAGCCUUCAGAGUACAUCGGAGGAUUCACACAGGAGAAAAGCCCUAUGAGUGUAAUGAAUGUGGGAAAACCUACCGCCGGCUGUGGACACUCACUGAACAUCAAAAAAUACACACAGGGGAGAAACCAUAUGAAUGUAUCACAUGUGAGAAAACAUUUCGCCACAAAUCAAACUUCCUUUCACAUCAGAAAACUCACAAGGAAUAAGUUCCAACAGGCAACAAUUCAAAAAUAAUUUACAUAAUGUUAAACUCUGACUAUGUGUAGAGGAUUGAAAUCUUACUAGUAUAAGGACAUGGGAUUUUUUUCCUGCCAUAAAUCAGCCUGCAUUAUAACAUCAAAGAGCUUGAUGAGGGAUAUGGCUAAUUUACUAA